CUAUUGAAUAAUGUUUACAUUGGUCCCCGGGGAAAUCUCAGCCAAUCAAGAGAUGGGAGGCCUGAGAGAAGACAGCCACGAUACGGGUUUGGAAGAAGUGGUCUAGGUGAGCCGGACAGUAUGACAACUAAUUCCAGAAAGAUUAGCCCUUUGCAUCCUGGAGGGGCAACUCCCCUUACUAUAGGAAGCAAGUGUUGCUGACUCACACAAGGAUGGACUAGCACAAGUUGAAGAACUCAGACCAGCCUUUGCCCAGCAAGGUACACACCCUGCACAAGCCUUUGCUUUCUAGCAAGCAAUCCAGACAGUUGCUUACAUCAAGGACUGAAAUGGAGUUGCUAAAAAUCGCUACUCUUGCUCUUGUGAUUUGUGUCACUUGCCUGAUUUUCCUUUUGGUGUGGAAGAAAAGUCAAAUAGGGGGAAGGCUCCCUCCUGGCCCAACUCCCCUUCCCAUCAUUGGGAAUAUGCUGCAGCUAAACCCCAAGGACAUCCCUGCAUCUCUCUCCAAGUUGGCCAAAGAGUACGGCCCUGUUUAUACCCUGUACUUUGGACCCUGGCCUACUGUGGUCUUACAUGGAUAUGAAGCGGUGAAGGAAGCUCUGAUGGAUAAGGGUGAUGAAUUCCUUGGCAGAGGAAGUUUUCCAAUUAUUGAUGAUACCCAGAAAGGAUAUGGGCUCCUUUUCAGUAAUGGAGAGAGGUGGAAGCAGAUGCGACGCUUCUCCCUCAUGAUCCUGAGGAACUUUGGAAUGGGGAAGAGAAGCAUGGAGGAGAGGGUGCAAGAAGAAGCCCGGUGUCUGGUGGAGGAGUUCAGGAAGACAGAGUCGCAGCCCGUUGACCCCACGUUCGUCCUUGCCUGCGCAACCUGCAACGUGAUCUGCUCCAUCCUCUUCAAUGAGCAUUUCCAGUACAAGAAUGAGACAUUCCUCUUUCUGAUGGAUUUGUUAAAUGAAAAUUUUAAGGAAGUAAACUCUCGUUGGAUCCAGACUUACAAUUUGUGGCCAACACUCAUAAAGUAUCUCCCUGGAAAGCACAGAGUAUUCUCAAAAAGACUUAAUGAUCUUAAAUAUUUUAUUCUGGAAAAAGUGAAGGAACAUCAAGAGUCCUGGGACCCUAAUAACCCUCGGGACUUCAUCGAUUGCUUCCUCAGCAAGAUGGAGCAGGAGAAACUCAACCCCGAGUCUGAGUUCAACUUGGAGAACUUGGCAGUCUGUGGAAGUGGUUUGUUUACAGCAGGGACAGAGACAACCAGUAUCACCCUGAGAUUUGGGCUCCUGCUCCUACUGAAGCACCCAGAGGUGGAAGCCAAAGUUCAUGAAGAAAUUGAUCGUGUGAUUGGACGCAACCUGAUCCCCUCUAUGAAGGACAGGGUGAAGCUGCCCUAUACAGAGGCCAUGUUGCAUGAGAUACAAAGAUACAUCACCCUCCUUCCUUCUAAUAUGCCCCAUGCUGUGACCCAGGACACAAAAUUCAGACAGUACAUCAUCCCCAAGGGCACUACUGUAUUGCCAUCAUUAUCUUCGAUCUUGUUGGAUUGCAAGGAGUUUCCCAACCCAGAGAGGUUUGACCCAGGACACUUUCUGGAUAAAAAUGGCUGCUUCAAGAAAACAGAGUACUUCGUGCCUUUUUCCCUUGGAAAACGGGCCUGUGUUGGAGAGAGCCUGGCCCUCAUGGAGCUGUUCCUGUUCUUCACCACCAUUCUGCAAAACUUUUCCCUGAAGCCCCUGGUGGAUCCAAAGGAACUAGAUAUCAAGCCCAUCGCUACUGGGUUUAUCAAUAUCCCACCACCCUACAAGCUGCGCCUUAUUCCCAGAUAAAAGAAGAACUUUUCUCUUUUAACCAUUCAAA